AUGGAGGAGGAAGAAACUGUAGCGAAGUUCCAUGCCAAAUUGUGCGAUAUCUCAAAUGAAUCUUAUGCACUUGGAAAGACUUACUCAAACGCAAAACUAGUUCGCAAGGUGCUUGAAGUUCUGCCUCGGAAGUUCAUGUCAAAGGUUACCUCUAUAGAAGAAAUGAGAAAUGUCGAGGAACUGGAUCUUGAUGAUUUAAUUGGGUCAUUGCAGAACUAUGAAAUAAGUCUCACCCGGUGGAAGAAAGGCAAGAAUAAAAAAGAUCCCGAAAAAGAAAAAGCAGAUAAUAGUCUUGCAUUUGUGCAUAAGGAGGAAAAGAAGUUGAUCUCAUAUGCAUCUGAGGGUUUCACUGAUGAGACUUUCGCGCUGCUGGCCACGAAUUAUGCUAAAUUCUUGAAGAGGAAUUACAAGAAAAACUUUCCAGGAGGAAAAGAGAAUGGUCCCAGAAGGAACUUUGGUGGAAACAAAAAGCAAACUCAGCAGUUUGGUGACAAGAAAAACAGGGGAAUACAGUGCCGAGAAUGUGACGGUUUUGGACAUAUUCAAGCUGAGUGUGCCAACACUCUUAAGAAGAAGAAAGCCUUAGCAGCUACAUGGAGUGAUAGUGAUGAAGAAAAAAGCUCCACCUCAAGUGACAGGUCUGAUGAAGAGAAACAGGUGGUGGCUUUUGUGGCAAAGAGUCAUCAAUCAAUGUGUUCAGAGGAAGAUGGAAACUCAAGCUCAACAGAUGAGGAUAGCGAUGGGAGACAGCAUGCAUAUGAGGAGAUGUUCGCUCAAUGGGAGUAUAUGGCUAAACAAAUCAAAGGUCUCACUAGUGCCAAACAACAACUUGAAUCUGAGAAGGAUGGGUUGGAGGACACUGUUAAAAAGCUCACAAAACAGCUUGAUGAGAAGGACAGUGAGAUUUACAAACUGACUGCAGAUUUAAUAAGGGCUAGAGAAUCUCUUGAAUUUAUCCCUCCAGGAACUGCUGCAAUUAACCACACCUUGCAAUUACAAAAGCCAUAUGGAGAUCGAACAUCUAUUAGGUACAAAAUGCUUUACAAGAAAGGGGAAAUUUUGGGAAUUAAUGAUCCCUCUUCGUCCAAGAACAAGGAAGAUAAGACUCAUGAUGACUCAAUGCACAAUACUUUCAGUCCUGGUUUUCCAGAUUCCACUAAACGGAUCAGUGUCUCCUCUGGACCCAUCAAGUUGAAAUUCGAAGGAAGGAAGACUAUCCUGGAUGGUCAGUUGUCAUCUAGUGAGUGGAAACCAAAAUCUGAUCUUAACAAGAAUGUUGCAUUAGUUGCCCACACAUCUCUUUCAGCUUUUCACGAAGAUCAAAGGUACUUCGACAGUGGAUGUUCCCAACAUAUGACCGGCAACAGAAAUGUGCUGGUAAACUAUAAAGAAGGAAAGGAGGGAGUUGUGACCUUCGGUGAUGGGAACAAGGGUCAGAUAUUUGGAAAAGGUGAUCUGGUGCUAAAUGGAGUAGCUCCAUUGACUGAGGUGUUGUACGUCAAAGGUCUCAAGGCAAAUCUUAUUAGCAUCAGCCAACUCUGUGACAAUGACUACACUGUAAGUUUCUCUAAAACUCAUUGUCUUGUUGCAACUAAUGGGUGCUCAGUCUUGACAGGGAAUAGAACCAACGACAACUGCUAUGCGCUAAGCAAUCAAGUCUUAUGCAACAGAUCCUUUCUUGAUAAGCCAGACCUGUGGCACUAUAGACUGGGGCACUUGAACUUUAGAGACUUGAAGAGAAUUGUGAAAUUACAAGCUGUUCGAGGGAUACCAGAGAUGAAAGUCACUAGAGAUAGGUUGUGUGGGCCUUGCCAACUGGGAAAACAGACAAAAGCCUCACAUCCUCCUGUAAACAUGCUUCUCACCUCCCGUGUGCUAGAAUUGAUUCAUGUGGAUUUAAUGGGACCCAUGCAGAAUGAAAGUCUCAGUGGCAAACGAUUUGUCAUGGUUCUUGUUGAUGAUUACUCUAGGUACACUUGGGUAGAUUUCCUCAAAGAAAAGUCAGACACUUUUGGACUCUUUUCAGCCUUAGUUCUCAGACUCCAAAAUGAAAAGGAAUCUAAAAUUAGGAAAGUCUAUUGA